UGGGAGGUUUGCAGGGGGAGGCCGGAGGGUGCUGGGUGUGGGUGUGAAAAGGCUAGAGAAACACCAGGUCUCUGUCCGUCGUGCCUGGUGCAGUGCUUUAUGCACCGCAGGCCUCAGUCACUGUUGCUGCCGGAGUGUUCUUUGGGAGAAGGGAAGGGAAGGGCAGGGGUUGGAGAAAAGGGAAUCCUUGCGGGAAACAUAGUGGGAGUGUGUUCAGGGAGAGCGGCCAGAGGGAAAGAUGCCGGAUAGGUGGAGGAAUGCAGAGGGUGCCCGUGGAGGAGUAUCCAGGAGUCCGGAGGGUGUUCAUUGUGCAGAUACAUUAGGUAUUUCGUUAUGGAAAGAACUGAAGCGUUUCUAAGGAAAGGAAAGAACGGAUACAAGGAGUUUCCGCGAAUAGAAAGGAUAGCGUUCGAAGCCAGAGGAAGUGCUAAAUACUAGAGACUAUGAAGAGAAUGCAUGAUAGAAUAGACAGAUGUAGUAGAAUUAAUAAAUGUUGGCCCAAGGACUAAAGAGUUAUUCCAGAUGGGCCGGGAUGGCCUAGUUCUGAACCUGUUUGGGCUCUUCUGUAGAUGACAUCUGGAUAGAGGGGAGGAAUCGGGAGCUUGGAAAUUCAGCCAAGUGAUCUGGUGGGAUGGGCAUUUGCCUGACAUACUAUAUAGAGGACUUGGAUGGCAUAAGUGAUUAAGGUGGUGUGGAGGGUAUUUGAAGCUUACGAAAGGUAGAAACUCAACCAUGAUUUCUUUUUCAACUCUACAGCAUUCCCUUCCUUGAAGUCUUCAUUUUUAUCUUAGUCUCAGGCAGUUAUACUUAAGCAUGAACAUUGACGACAAACUGGAAGGAUUAUUUCUUAAAUGUGGCGGCAUAGACGAAAUGCAGUCUUCCAGGGCAAUGGUUGUAAUGGGUGGAGUGUCUGGCCAGUCUACCGUGUCUGGGGAACUGCAGGAGUCGGUACUUCAAGAUCGGAGUAUGCCUCACCAGGAGAUCCUUGCUGCAGAUGAAGUGUUACAAGAAAGCGAAAUGAGACAACAGGAUAUGAUAUCACAUGAUGAACUCAUGGUCCAUGAGGAGACAGUGAAAAAUGAUGAAGAGCAGAUGGAAACACAUGAAAGACUUCCUCAAGGACUACAGUAUGCACUUAAUGUCCCUAUAAGUGUAAAGCAGGAAAUUACUUUUACUGAUGUGUCUGAGCAACUGAUGAGAGACAAAAAACAAAUCAGAGAGCCAGUAGACUUACAGAAAAAGAAGAAACGGAAACAACGUUCUCCUGCAAAAAUCCUUACAAUAAAUGAGGAUGGAUCACUUGGUUUGAAAACCCCUAAAUCUCACGUUUGUGAGCACUGCAAUGCUGCCUUUAGAACGAACUAUCACUUACAGAGACAUGUGUUCAUUCAUACAGGUGAAAAACCAUUUCAAUGUAGUCAAUGUGACAUGCGUUUCAUACAGAAGUACCUGCUACAGAGACAUGAGAAGAUUCAUACUGGUGAAAAACCAUUUCGCUGUGAUGAAUGUGGUAUGAGAUUCAUACAAAAAUAUCACAUGGAAAGGCAUAAGAGAACUCAUAGUGGAGAAAAACCUUACCAGUGUGAAUACUGUUUACAGUAUUUUUCCAGAACAGAUCGUGUAUUGAAACAUAAACGUAUGUGCCAUGAAAAUCAUGACAAAAAGCUAAACAGAUGUGCCAUCAAAGGUGGCCUUCUGACAUCUGAGGAAGAUUCUGGCUUUUCUACAUCACCAAAAGAUAACUCACUGCCAAAAAAGAAAAGGCAGAAAACUGAGAAAAAAUCAUCUGGGAUGGACAAAGAAAGUGCUUUGGACAAAUCUGACCUGAAGAAAGACAAAAAUGAUUACCUACCCCUUUAUUCUUCAAGUACUAAAGUAAAAGAUGAGUAUAUGGUAGCAGAGUAUGCUGUUGAAAUGCCACAUUCUUCAGUUGGGGGAUCACAUUUAGAAGAUGCAUCAGGAGAAAUACAUCCACCUAAGUUGGUUCUCAAAAAAAUUAAUAGUAAGAGAAGUCUGAAGCAGCCAUUGGAGCAGAAUCAAACAAUUUCUCCCUUAUCCACAUAUGAAGAGAGCAAAGUUUCAAAGUAUGCUUUUGAACUUGUGGAUAAACAAACUUUACUGGACUCGGAGGGCAAUGCUGAUAUUGAUCAGGUCGAUAAUUUGCAGGAGGGGCCCAGUAAACCUGUGCACAGUAGUACUAAUUAUGAUGAUGCCAUGCAGUUUUUGAAGAAGAAACGAUACCUUCAAGCAGCAAGUAACAAUAGUAGGGAGUAUGCGCUGAAUGUGGGCACCAUAGCUUCUCAGCCUUCUGUAACACAAGCAGCUGUGGCAAGUGUCAUUGAUGAAAGUACUACGGCAUCCAUAUUAGAUUCACAGGCACUGAAUGUGGAGAUUAAGAGUAACCAUGACAAAAAUGUUAUUCCAGAUGAGGUACUGCAGACUCUCUUGGAUCAUUACUCUCAUAAAGCUAAUGGACAGCAUGAGAUAUCAUUCAGUGUUGCAGACACUGAGGUGACUUCUAGCAUAUCAAUAAAUUCUUCAGAAGUACCUGAGGUCACCCAGGCAGAGAAUGUUGGAUCAAGCUCCCAAGCAUCCUCAUCAGAUAAAGCCAACAUGUUGCAGGAAUACUCAAAGUUUCUGCAGCAGGCUUUGGACAGAACUAGCCAAAAUGAUGCCUAUUUGAAUAGCCCGAGCCUUAACUUUGUGACUGAUAACCAGACCCUUCCAAAUCAGCCAGCAUUCUCUUCCAUAGACAAGCAAGUCUAUGCAGCCAUGCCCAUCAAUAGCUUUCGAUCAGGAAUGAAUUCUCCACUAAGAACAACUCCAGAUAAGUCCCACUUUGGACUAAUAGUUGGUGAUUCACAGCACUCAUUUCCCUUUUCAGGUGAUGAGACAAACCAUGCUUCUGCCACAUCAACACAGGACUUUUUGGAUCAAGUGACUUCUCAGAAAAAAGCUGAGGCUCAGCCUGUCCACCAAGCUUACCAAAUGAGCUCCUUUGAACAGCCCUUCCGCGCUCCAUAUCAUGGAUCAAGAGCUGGAAUAGCUACUCAGUUUAGCACUGCCAAUGGACAGGUGAACCUUCGGGGACCAGGGACAAGUGCUGAAUUUCCAGAAUUUCCCUUGGUGAAUGUAAAUGAUAAUAGAGCUGGGAUGACAUCUUCACCUGAUGCUACAACUGGCCAGACCUUUGGCUAAAAAAAAGUGUAAAUAAUACUGGCACUUUAGAACAGAUUAAUCAAGAGUGGGGUUACUCUGUGUAAAUGGAGUGCUGUACAGAUUUAAGAGCAAUGCGUUAUAACAAGUUAAGCUGAUAUGAAUAGCAAGAUAAUCCAAUAACUGCAUUUUGUUUGGUUAGUCAGCAUUCUUUGAACUGCCUUACAUGUUGUCACCUUUAUAGAAGCAAUGCAUUACUUGUUUUAGAACAGAAACUUGCUAUUCCACCUACACCGAGUUUAAAAGGAAAAAAAAAAAAGACUUUCGCACAAUUGUUUCCUAAUUGAUAACAUUGUACAUUCUUAGGAGAUUAGUAAUUGUGUGAAAUUUACUCAUACUGUUUCUGAGUUUUUCAGCAUAGUCAUUGCACUUCAGCAGGGAAUCUGAGUAUACUUUACAGACAGAGUGAACUUCAGAGUUUAAAUGUCAAGAGAUUAUGGCUUAAAUAAAUUAGUGUGUCCUAUAGGAGGAAAAAAAGAAACCAAGAAACCACCGUUUAAAAAGAAUGAUAUGCCAUAUACCCUUGAUUUUCAUUUUGCAUUAUAUUGACAUGUUUUUUUUUUGAGAAAAGAAAGUAAUAAAAAUCUGAUAGUCUAAGACUCCACUAUUUAAAAGCCUAAUUACUUUUAAAAUAUGCAUACUUUCAAAACUUUUACCAAAAUACGUAACUGUUGAAGCAUUCACUUCUCAAUGGAAGUAUGCAUAUUGGUGUCAGUUUCUUUGUACAGUUGUACUUAGAUAUUUUUUAUGAUUUUUCAUGUGCAGGUAUCAAGGUUUUGAAGUUUUAGUAAAAAGAUAUUCUGUAGAUUACAUUCCCAAGAACAUAAUGCUUACACAAAAUGUAUAUUCCACGUUUUAAAGCUUAAUUGUAUUUUACUUUACAUAUACACUUCAGUUAACAUAGAGCACUUAGAAUCUAUUUGGUAUUUUUGAUUUCUCAAAGUAAAAAAAAAAUUAGAUUUUUAGGUUUGAUAUGGUUGUGUCAUAAUCAUCUCAUAAUUGACAAUUUUAAUUUUUGGCAAUAAAAGGAAAUUGGAUAUCUUUGGAACUGUAAAACCUGGUUUAAUCCUUCUCUUUCUAGAAUCUCGAUAGAUUGGAUAAUUAAACAGUAUCCAGAGAAACUAAAGAAAUGGGCAUUUUAAUUGCUUAUUUUAUCUUGAAUUACUUUUUAAUGAACACUGCUCAUUACAAUUUUACAAACCAAAAGUGUUUACUAAUUCUAGUAACUACAAUUUCUUUUUCAGCUAGAUGAGUGAUCGGAAACUUUUUGUUGCAUUUCAAAAUCUAAAUAAACUACAGACUUUAUCCUUAUACCACGAAUGUUUUUUUUUUUUUAAUAUAUAUAUAUAUAUAUAUAUAUACUUUGUCUUAAAAUAAUACAGCAUGGUACCAUAAAUAGUGCUUUUAUAUAUACACAUAUGUAUACUUUUCUAAAGAAUGAUGGUUUGAGUUACACAUUGGACAGUUUUAAUUUUUGGAAAAUAACAUUACUUCUAUUGAUUUUAUUAUCCUCUUUAAUUUGUUCCAACUUUUUUGCUUAUUUUAAUUUCCACCAUCUUUGUCACAAUGCACAUACUGAUGUAGCACCAGUGAUACUCUAAAAUUAAUAUUCUUGGAAGGUGAAACUUUAUUGUUGCUAAUUUCCACUUUAACUUUUAUAUUGGCCCUAUAGAUCUGCAGUCUUUGUUUCAGUAUAGAAUGUUACACAUUUAAAUUAUUGUUUCUUUUAUUUAAUGUUAUCCCAAGACUGUUCUCAUAAAGGGAACAAAGAAAAUAUCAACCCUUAACAUCUUUUACAUUUAUUUUGAAUAUUUUGGUGUUUUAUGAUAAUGAAUAUAAAUUAUGUUUAAUGUGGUUUCCUCUGUACGUUGGUUAUUAAGCUUUGCUUGAAAUAUUAAUUUUCCUAUUUGACAGCUUUCUUUGCUGCCAAACUUUUCAAGAAUUUUAGACUUCUCUGAGGUAGAUGUUUAAGUUCUGCCAUUACUGACUUUGAAGAAUAUUGUGUGUUGUGUUAUACAUCAUGCAAUUGCAAGAAGGCUCUAUUCAGGUGAGAUGUGAAAAAUGGAACUGUGCUCACGCUAUAUAGGUGUUUAUAUUUUUCUCAUACUGUUAUUUGAUAAUAGGCAUUUAUUUCCUGAGUUGAUUUCUUUUUCUUUUUUCUUUCUUUCUUUUUCUUUUUCUUUUCCUUUUUCUUUUCCUUUUCCUUUUUCUUUUUCUUUUUCUUUUUCUUUUUCUUUUUCUUUUUCUUUUUUCUUUUUCUUUUUCUUUUUCUUUCUGUUUCUCUUUCUCUCUUUCUCUUUCUCUUUCUCUUUCUCUUUCUCUUUCUCUUUCUCUUUCUCUUUCCUUUUUCCUUUUUCCUUUUUCCUUUUUCCUUUUUCCUUUUUUCCUUUUUCCUUUUUCCUUUUUUCUUUUUUCUUUUUUCUUGUUCUUUUUUUGAGCCUGGUCAAAAAUUUUGUUCUUCAACAACUUGUUCAGGCCUGGUAUAGUAUACAGUUUUUGUUUGCUUUAAUAUCACCAGCACAGUUUUUUUAGAGUGUGACUCUACUGCUGAGCAGUUAGGGUAAGCCAAGGAAGGCAGGCCUUUGAAAAUGGUAGUUACGCAAGCAAAAUUUCAGGUGUUGCAUUCCUGUCUUCGGCACAUUUCUUUAAAUAUACAUAAUGGCAGACUUUUCUACCACAUUGUAAGCAUUUGAUACUUUGACAUAAGUUAUUGACGUACCAUUUAAGUAUAGUAGUUGUGGCUCUCUUACUGUGAAAUUCUAAAUGCCUACCAGAAUUAGCUUGUAUUAUCAUCAUAGGAUAAACAUCUCAACAGUUUGGGUUUCCCCACUUUGCUUUAGAAAGUUACUUAAUUUGUAUCUGGGCAUUAAUAGUAAAAAGUAAGUAGCCUUUAUGUGCUGCUGUAGAUCAGAAUAUUGAGGAUAUGAGAUAAUCCUUCUGCAAUUUGUGUUUUUCAUUUCAGUUAGCAAAGUGUUCCAUUAAAACAUGCUCUUAUACCAUUAAACUUUUGGUCAAUGUGAGUGAGGUAUGCUUUUGCACUUAGGACCUACUCUCCUGUUUGAAGAUUGGAAGCAGAUCAGGUUAGAUGAGGUAAUCUCUGUUGAACAUCUUGUAAAGCUUUUUUUUUUUUUUUUUUUUGACUUCUUAUUGUACACAUAUUCAUUUGGUUCAGAAUAUUUGAGUGGCUCUUAAAUCUUUUGGAUGUACUUGCAGAUUUUCUGUUUGAUACCAUACAAAUCCAUCCUUUUAGCUCUGGCUGAGGACUGUCAGUGGUCGGGUAAUUUUCCCUUUCUGACAGGCAAAAGAGGUCUUGUGCUCAGGGUAGGCUUUCAUUACCACAGGGGAGAGAAACUUGCAAAGUGCCAGCUAGGUUAGAUCUUUUGCCACUUCUUUCAUUUUAUCAAUUUGGGUUUUUAAAGGGCUGUUUAAAAAAAAAAAAGCCGGGAAACUUUAAAAGUAGGCAUUACUGUAGUACCGCAUUUCUUAGACAUAGAACAUCUUAAACUAGAACUUGUUUUUUCACAGUAUAAUUACUUGAAGAAGCACUAUUAUAAUCAAUGAGAAACUUUUUGACACUGCAAUUUAAUUUAAACUUUUUCCGUUUCAAAUUGCUUUAUUUCAGGGAAAUAAUUUUCCAGUUGUUUUGCUAUAUUCUGCAAAUAAAACCGUGUUUCCUUUUUUCACUUAAACGUUGGUAGGAAACAAACUAAAGCAGACAAACAUUUCUUGUUGUGUUUGUUGCUUUCUUUAAUCCAAUGGAUAAAAAAGUAAAACCCUGUAAACAUUAUUUUAUUUUUUUAUGCAAUACCAUGCUGUAAAUACGGUUCAUCAAAUAAGGAUGUACCUAUGAUUGAAUCUUUAAUUCUGCACAGUUAGAGUUUAUAUAUAAACGUGUCUUGACAAUCAAGGACUUUUAUGUGAGUCUUCCUUUAUGAUGUUUAUUAAUGUUAUGCAUUCCAUUUGUUUUGAAGUGAGUACCAAUGUGCUAAUUUGUAUUGUCUGAAAGUAUGUAAUGUUUUUACAGCUUGUUUUUAAGAAUCUGUAAAUAUGUACAAACAAAUCACAGUACUGCUUUAUGUUAGAAGGCAUAUGAUGUUGUACUGUACGUAAGCAAUAAUACAUAGCAGUGCUAACUGUACAAGUAGCAUCAGGAAAGUUCUAAAAACAUUUCAGAGUUAAUUCUCCUUAUUUCAUUUAAUAAUGAUUAUCUUUAAUCAGUUUUUAUAAGUAAAUUCCAUUGUUCCUCCUACUGGAACAUAACACUGUUUACACAGCAUAAUUGAAGUUGCAGGGGAGACAGGCUAAAUCUGACUUCAUCUGUACUCACUUUCACUAAGCAUUGAAUGGCCUUACCACUCUUCUGCAAGAUGGAGGAAGACCGCAAAACUUAGUGCCCAUCACACUGAAGGAAGGGGGUGUGGUUUUUUUUUUUGUUUGUUUGUUUGUUUCCUGCUUCUGUACUGCUACCUAACUUUGUGGUUUGCUUUGGAUUUAAUAUUUGUUUCUGUUUUAGAUUCAAGCCCAUAAGUUUUGAGGUGACUUCAGCUCCAUUGUGACAUAGUUCUCUUCAUAUUUCAUAGCUACAUUUCAGUAAUUCUAAACUUUCUACUUUGAUUUUUAGAUAUGUAUUUUUCAAGCUUGAUUUCUCAGCUGAACAGAUGAAUUUAUUCAACUUCAAUACAAAGAAAGACAAACCUAUUGUAGUUUGAAUUGAGUAGAUAUUAUACUGUACAGAACAGCUAACUAUUUGAACACACACAUCACUGCUUUAGAAAUAAAACCGCCAAUUUAUAAAUGUAUAUGACCUACAUUUUAUAGGAGAAAUGUUUUUAAAUGCUAGUCAUUUAUAUAAUGUGCUUUGAAGGAUUUGCUAGUUCACUUCUGUCACUUUUUAGUACACUGGUAUCUUUUAUAUGUAAUGUAUGCUUUUUAUUAUUGUAGCAAAGCAUUUCAGUAGAAUGAAUUUUGCAACAAUAUGGGGGGAAUUUUUCAUUGUUGGAUUUGAAUUAUACUGGAUUUUAUCUGUGUAGUCUUGUCUUUAUUUUAAUGCUGUCUGGAAGGGAACUUGGUAUCCAAAUAAAGCAGGUAACCUCAUUUUACUUCAAGGGCAUACUGUGUAGUGCUGAAUUUAAUCUGGAAAUCUGACGAUUUUGAAAAGAAAAACACAUUUAUAAAAAUUGUACAGAAGAAAUUAAAUGUGUGAUGGAAAUCCUGA